AUGGAGAGCAACGAAACGAAAACAUCACCGACGAGCACCGUCUGUGCCGUCUCGACGCCCACCGAAACGGCCGUCCUCCCCAACCCCGUCGUGCGCAUCAAUUCCUACGACAGAGAACCCUACCGCAGCGGGCAGUCGACGCCAAGAUCCGAGAGGGAUGUCAACCCCUUCGACACCGACAUGGAAGCCAUGGUCACCAGCAGCUCCAUGGACAAGUGCCCUCGCGCCAGCAUCGUCCUCACGAGGAAGAACGACUGCCAGGUGUGGCCGGGCAAGGACCACUGGAAGCAGCGGGCCAAGGCGGCCAAGAAGAGCCAGCGCAGCUGCACCUGCAUGAGCAGGUUCAACCGCCGCACGAGAAUCGCCGUCAAGGUGGCCGUCGUCCUGCUCGUCGUCGGCCUCGCCGUCGCCAUCGGCUUCGGCGUCAGCAAACCUUUGGGCGCUCCCAUCUGGGGCAACAACAAGCGCAGGUGA